UUCACAACUGGGGAAUCAAGAGAAAAGGCGAAACGGAGACGAGUGAGAAAUAGAGAAAAGGCGAAGGGGGACGAGUGCCCGGUCUCCCGGUCUCCGCUGGUCUGGGCAGUUCCGCUGAAGUCUCUCCGUUCAUUCAAGACUUUUCUCACCGCGCCGCAGUUCACACACAGUCUCCAGCGAGGUGGCAGAACAACAUGAACUUGGGACGACUACAGGAGAGUUUGGCUGGGAGGAUUUAAACGUUUUCCAGCGAUGGACAGACAAAAAGUUCUGGCUCGGCUGGUUUCGGACCUGCAGGCCUUUCUGCAGGUGCUGGACGGUGAGAACCUCAGCUACAUUGCCCAGGCCCAGAAGAAGUCCAUCUAUGAGCUGCUUUCCAAGGUGCAGGAUCUCAAAGACGCUCCAGUGGAAGAUGCGGAAUACAUGAUUAUGAACUGUUCGUCUGGAGGCCCCAGUAGUGAGCCCAGGCUCAGCUCAGCUUUGGAGGCAGACACACCUGGACACCCUUUUUCCUGUACCUCAGCUGGAUGGCUCCAGGACAAGUCUGUGGGUCCUGAUGUCACCUUACAUGCUUCAGAAGUAGAGGAAGAUGAUGACUGUUAUGAAGAGGCGGAGCCUUUUAUUACUGUCAGUCAGCCUACAGACAAACCGGACUCAGACAGCAGUCACUACGAGUCCUACGGCGAGGACGAGGACGAGGACUUUGUGAAGGACAGAGCCCAUUACAUCCAGUGGAGCGCCUCCCAACCCAGCCUGCGACCCAGCUCGGAGUCGCGCGUCUGCGGCUACCUCUGGAGGAAGAAGUGGCUCGGCCAGUGGACACGCCAGCUCUUCGUCAUCAAACACAACUGCUUACUGUGUUUUAAGUGUGCUAAAGACCUCCACCCUCUGCUGGAGCUGAAGCUGUCCGGUUGCCAGGUGGUGUACAAGUCCACGCCCGGUAAGAGGAUGCAGUCUGAGCUGAAGGUGGUGUGUGGCUCGGACACGCUCAUCCUGGGUUUCCAGAGCUGCAGUCAGGCCGAGGACUGGAGGAAGGUCAUUGAAGAAGUCAGCAGUUCUUCUUACUACGAACCAGAAUCCCACAGUUCCUCACUGAAGAGUGAAAGACUGGAGUGUAGUAGGUCCAGUGCAGCGCUCUACACAGACUCAGAUGAGGAAACUCUCCCUGGCCUUCACUCAGCUGUCAGCAGUCUGGAGAUCAACAAAGAGCAGAUCAGAGCUGGUUAUCUGAGUGUGCUGAUGAGUUAUCAGUGGCAGACUCUCUGGUGUCGGGUGGAGGCGGGGCUUCUGAAGAUGUUCCGUGACCCCAGCAGUGACCUCAGCCCUCAGUACACGGUGCAACUGCAGGGCAGUGAAAUCCAGCCUGGGCCAGACACUGCCCACGCCUACCGCAUAACAAUUCUACAGCACGGGGACCAGGUGGCAGUCCUGGAGGUUGGCUGUUCUGAUGAUAAAGAGAACUGGGUUCACCUCCUGCAGGAUGGGAGCACAAACCAGAAUACCGAACCUCUCAGUGGCCUAAAAGUCAGAAGGUUCCCAAAAUCAAACACGUACAUCGACGACCCCUUCCAGCAGCUGUGUGGUGGAGUCCACUCGCAGCCCAUCUACUCGAACGCAUCUAUCCUGGAGCACAUGUUUCAGAAAUCGCCUACUGGUGGAAAUACAGAUUCACCAUCGGAUCCUGCCAACUAUAGCAACAAUGACCUCCUCCGUCAGCUUGGUGAGAAAGUGUGUGAGGCAGAGCGAUGUGUACAAAAGCUUGAACUGUCAGGAAAACGGGUGCAGCUGAGAGCAGGGUCAGAGGUCAACCUCGUCAGUGUGACCUCUAAAAGCGCCAAACGCUCAUCAUUCAGACAGUCCCUCCUCCCUUUCUGCUCAGAGAGAACACAGGGAGGGCUCCUGUCUCCGAUCCUGCGAAGGACAGCCUCUGUUAAGAACUCCCUGAAGAGAGUGCCCUCUGCCUUCUUCAUUGAGCAUGGCAAGGUCUUUCACAGGAGGAGGGAGUGGGAGACAAACGGUCUGGCUUGACCUCAACGCCCCAACACCCUCUCCUCACCGUGUACACAUUCCCUUCCUGUUAUUAACACCAUCAGCAACCUCAACGCCCCAACACCCUCUCCUCACUGUGUACACAUUCCCUUCCUGUUAUUAACACCAUCAGCAUUGUAUUGCACUGAGAACAUUCUAAUUUCUGAGCAUGUGGAUCAUGCAUAUAUUUGAUUUUUAGUUUUUUUUUUUGUUGCCAGGAUUAAUUUUAUAACUGAUCUCAGCAAAUGCUUUUAGUGUCGGUUUCUUGUUCAUUUCACAGCCUGGUUUCAACCACCCUUAAAGGUUCGAUCUGUGCUCCUCUGGGCAGGUAGUGAGCGUUUGUGUAUAUGGGCCUUGAGCAGGUUGGUAAGCUCCCAACAUCUCUGAGUAAAGGCCUUGGAAAACAGACACUGCUGUGUUCCUUUUAGUCAGCUAAUGUCUUCCAGCUCUGCUGCAUGUUAGUGUAAGGGUGUAAUGGGACAGUGGUGCUCAGUGGUGAAGGUACUGGUCUAGUAAUCAGAAGGUUGCUGGUUCAAGUCCCACCACUGCCAGGCUUCCACUGUU